UCGCCAGGCUGUCCGGAAGGACGCGGGAGCAGCAGCAGCGCAGCCGGAGCCUGUGACUCGCCAGGAGGCAGCUACCGUUGGCAGAAGGGGUCGGCGGGAUCAUGGCCACUCCGCUUCCGCACGCACAGCAGCCGCUGCGGUGCAGCGUGGAGCUGCUCUUCACCAGGGAGGAGCUGCCAGUGGGGCUGCAACUCGCCAGACCCAGCCGUAAAGCCCUGCAGCUGGAGGUCCAGCCGGGAGAGGAGGACAUGGACAUGACCGUGACAGACACUGAUGGACUCUGUGUGUUUAAAAGCAUGGUUAACAGAGACACGGAAUACUGUCAUGUGGGAAAACAGUCUGUGUUAAUUACCCUGGGAUACAACAGUGCCUUGCUUCAGUUCAAGUCAGAAGUUGAAUGCAACACAUUUUCAGAUGCAUUAAAGAGAUGCUGUAGCCAAAAGAAGGAGAACUCUGUGUUCAAUGAGCAAACAGAUGAAGCAUCUGCUGCUCAGUAUUUUCAGUUUUAUAGCUGUCUGUCUCAGCAACAGAAUAUCAUGCAAGAUUUUGUGAGAACAGCCACUUUUCACAGAGCUAUCAUACAGAAUCACAUAGAUUUUACAAACAAGGUGGUCCUAGAUGUUGGCUGUGGAUCAGGAAUCCUUUCAUUUUUUGCAGUGCAGGUUGGAGCUAGAAAAGUCUAUGUGGUUGAAGCCAGUUCAAUGGCAAAAUAUGUGGAGCUCCUGGUGAGAAGCAACAACCUUUCUGACAAGAUCACAGUUCUGUUUGGAAAAAUCGAGGAGAUCUCCCUGCCUGAGAGUGUCGAUGUGGUAAUUUCUGAACCAAUGGGUUAUAUGCUGUUGAAUGGAAGGAUGUUGGAAAGUUACCUCCAUUCCAAAAAAUGGUUGAAGUCAAAUGGAAUGAUGUUCCCAACAUACAGUGAGAUUCAUUUGGCUCCUUUUUCUGAUGAGCAGCUCUACAUGGAACACUACUCCAAAGCCAGUUUUUGGUACCAAGAAUUCUUUUAUGGGGUCAACCUGUCCAGUCUGCACAAUGCAGCCGUGGAUGAGUAUUUCAGACAACCUGUUGUGGAUACUUUUGAUGCAAGAAUUCUGGUGGCCCGGUCAAUGAAGUACACUGUUAACUUCAUCGAAGCCACUGAGGAAGAUUUGCGUAGCAUGGAAAUCCCUUUUGUUUUCCACAUUAUGCAGUCUGGACUAAUCCAUGGCCUGGCCUUCUGGUUUGAUGUGGCAUUUGUAGGAUCACUCUCUUAUUUCUUCAAAGUCUGCUAAGAAAUGAACACUACCAAAUUCACCAUAGCUCUCCUUGAGCUGGAAGCCAAUGCCAGAAAAGUGCCUCAUGGGGGACUAGCCCUAAAUGCAAGUAUGCUAGCACUGCUUCUGGCAAUUCUGUAACAAAUCUACUCCACAGACAAAUCAGAAUGGAUGUGGAUAACUGUGUAAAAGAAGAAAAGGCUGUAGACACUUCAUUAUGAUCUUAUCCAGCCUAUGACUAUUCAGUGAAACAUACUUCUUGCUCUUGACUUAUUACUGCUCAUUUUUGCUGCCCAAAAAGUGUGAUCUUUGUUUAAAAAAAAACUUGUCAGAACCACAUUUUCACGGGUAUCCAAAAACAUGCUUGGAAUAUCAAGCUGGAAACCUCAUGAGGAAGGUCUAAUAUACACUUAUGUGAGUUAAACACAAUUUUAGAAGAAUCCAAAUGUAAACCUGGAUUUUGAGAUGAGGCUUUCAAUAGAGAGGCAGACUGGUAAUACCAAAUUUCAACAUUACAGAUCCUGCUCACAAGCUAUAGACUCACUUUUCUGAAUUUUUAUCCUCUGGUUUCUUUAAUAAUUUUCAUCUUCAGGGAAUCAACACAGCAUCCAGAAGAGAUAAAACAGACAUAAAAUACAGACAUUAAAACAACUGUGCUGAUACAUGACUCUGACCACUUAAUCCAUUAUUAAGUCAAGAAAUAUCUUCUACAAUUACAGCCUGGUUUAAGGUACCUAAAGAUCUUUAAGGAAUCCUUAAUUCUUUUUUUAUGAAAGACAGAUGCUUGAACCUGUAAGAUGGUUGACUUAAAAUCUCUGGCUGACAUUAAAAAAUUUCAUUGGUUUAUUCUCUGGGUGAUGUUUGUAUUAUAGCAAUAUGUUUUCUAAUGUCUUAAUUGAUCAUGGUCUUAAUUCUUGAAAAGAAACUACUAAAAAACUGGAAAACAUAAUUAGUGUAGAGAAGAGACUUAUCUCAAAUAUCUACAGAGGUUGUUCCAAACACUGAAGCAAAGCAUUUGCGCUGUGGGAGCCUGCAAACUUGUCAUAUAUAUUAUGGCCCUUGACUUAAGCCAAGCUUCAAAAUAUACUCUUUCCCCUCCACACCCUUUAAAACACACAGGCAUGAUGUUAACAAUUCAAGGAGUGGGAAAACUGAACAUCAUAAUCCUGCCUAUGCCCAUUCUAUUUUGCAAGCCACUGCCAAGUGCUUCCCAGAAGACAAUUAAAAGAAGAAUAGUACUACCACCAACUGUACUGAGGAGGAUUUACACCACCAAAUAAUUUCUCUCUACAUCACUUCUUUAGUCAAAUAUACUA